AUGCUGGACAAGAACAAACAACUCCUUUGUGGUACCGAUAACAAACUGAUUGUUUACGAUGUGUAUACACAUAUGACAGCCGGGACAUUUAUCAAUCGAGACGCAUGCAUGCCCAUGAAAGGACACCGGGAUAUUGUACGGUGUAUUGCACAAGGGGAGCAUAGAGCAUUUUCCGCAGGAUUUGAUCGACGCCUAGUGGUCUACGAUAUAAACGGUGCGAUUGACCACAAAAUGGUCGUGCUCAGUGUUGUCCGAGAAGCGCAUUGCGGGAUAAUUUCAUGUCUGACAACGGCUCGAAACACAGACGGUCAAUUUCUGCUGAUCAGUGGCAGCUUUGAUCGCCUGAUUAAGAUAUGGAACGAGGACGGACAGUUGUUGAAUGUGAUCCGGGGAUUUAAUCAUACUGUGCUGAGUGUGACACAUCGCGGCUAUUUGCUCGCCUGGCGCAAUAAUCCGAAUUCCAGUUUGGCUACUUUUCGUAUCGGAUCAGGGAUCCAGGCCGUGGCCACAAGUGAGUGA